AUGGAAACGAAUGACUUUAAAGCUCCGGUGUCAAAAGAAAAGGACGUGAAAGAUAUAGUAAUGGACGCCACUGUGCCCGUAAUAUCCAUAACUCAGCCUAAUUUGGAAUAUGUUCCUCCUCCAUUUGCCGUUGAGCCAUCGGAUGACAUUCAUUACGGCUUUGAAGUUAUCAAAAAUGGCAUCAUAAUUGACAGCGUGAAUUUUGAGAAACGGAAAGCUGAAACAUUUAUAGUUAUCGGUCGGUUACCAUCUUGUGAUAUACAACUGGAGCAUCCCACUAUUUCAAGGCAUCAUUGCAUUCUGCAAUAUGGCGAUGAUUUAAUGAAUCGAACCGGUAAAGGAUGGUAUAUUUAUGAUUUGGGUAGCACGCAUGGUACCAGAUUAAAUAAAAAGAGAAUUCCACCGAAGCAGUUCAUCCGAAUACGCGUCGGAUACAUUAUGCAGUUUGGUGGAAGUAGCAGAAUUAUGACUUUAUUUGGUCCAGAUUCGGAUACUGAGGAGGAAUGGGAAUAUUCUCCAACAGAAAUGAGACGAUUGAUUGAGCAGAAGAAACUUUAUGAUAAAAUACAAAGAGAGAAGGAGGAGGCAUCAAAAAGCGAAAAAGAGAGUGAUGGUAUUAUGUGGGGAAUGGAUUACGACGAAGAACUAGGAUUUGCUCAAGCGAAUGGAGAUGAUAUCCAAGAUCACGAAGAAAAAUAUCGUGAUGAUCCACUGAAAGUGUUAUCACGGUUUUUUGAAAAAGAAGGCUUCGAUAUGGAAUUUACGUAUGAAGAAACAGGAACAGGGCGGAACCACAAAUGGUUAUGUUCCAUUGAAUUACCUGUCGAUACAGCAGCUGGUCAGUCAUUAUCUGCAUCAGCGGUUUGCAGUGGAAGCAAAAAGGAAGCUCAGAUGAUAUGUGCCUUCAAUGCUUGCAAAACUUUAGAUAUGCAUAAUCUUCUGUUCCGGUCGAAUGAAGCCAGAAGGAGAGCAAAAAAUCUAGUAGAUAAUGAUUAUUACGAUUCCGAUGAAGACAUUUAUUUUGACCGCACAGGUCAAAUUGAAAAAAAUCGUGAAAAGCGGCGGAAGCGUACUUUGGAAGCGAAAGGUAAAGUAACAACGGAGAUAGAAACUUUUGAAACUUUGACGACAAAAAUUGCUUCAACAAGUGAAGAAAUGCGUGAGGUAGAAGCUCAGCUAGCAGCGAUUUCUAAUAAAAAAGAGGAAAAAGAGGAUGAUGAAAAAGAUGACGAUGAUCUUGAUAAAUUCUGCAAGCAACUGGGGUAUUUUAGCAACGAGAAAGAUAGCGUGGCUGUCAAAAUGGAAAAAUCCAUCUUGCGACACCGCCUCGUAACUCUGAAACAUGAAAAAGAACGGCUCGAGAAAUUAGCCAAGAUAGCAACACCAGUGGAGCUGCCAACACUGAAAGCAUCAACAAAUCAGGAUGAUAAACGUGCUGUGGGUUCUUUGUCGGCAGCCACAAUGAAGAAAUUAAUGAAAAUGCGACAGACCAAAAGAUCACAUCCGGAAGAGAAAGAACGAAAUGAGUCAUUAGGAAUGGAAUUACCGUCGAAUGCAUUCAUUAAAAAAACCGCCGAUCAAUCUUUUAUAGCAGAAGUUGAAGAUGAUGAAAAAUCAUGCAAUAGUUCUGGUAAUAUCUCAUCUGGCAUUUGUCUGCGGGAUUUUGCAGCGAGAGCUGAUGAUGCUAAUGGAAAGGAAUUCAAUAUUCCAACAUCAUCAUCAAUGGUAUCCAGCCCAGAAAAAUUACUUGUGAUUAAAGAAACCGAGAAAAAUGAAGCAGCGAUUGUUCCGUUAACCGUUGCGGAAAAGUGCACCAUUUCGGAUGAAAAGCAAGCAUCUAAAGAUGACAAAUCUUUAAAACGAAAACGCAUCCGAACUCGCAAUCUACCAUUAUCGAAGCAGCAAAAGAACGAUGAUUAUGGUGAAGGAUUUCCUAACAGAGAUGAGAAUUACAUCAUGUGGAUGCCACCAGAAAAUCAAAAGGGUGAUGGUACAAAUGCACUUAAUACAAAAUAUGCUGGAAAAUAUUAG